CGGCGUCCAGAGCCAGCGCCGGGAUAUGGGCGCCCGCGGCCGGGGGUGCGGCUUCGCCGCGGAGGAGCAGAGUCGCCGCGGCCGUCGCGGAGGGCGGAGGACGGAGCAGUAGCCCGCGCUGUCCGCGGAGAAGACGGUGGCCUCCUUCCACCUGGAAUGAAGGGACACGCGGGGCCGGUCCGCGCCGCCCGACCCCGGGAAGCUGGGCAGAUGGUGCGUGAACAGUACACCACAGCCACGGAGGGCACCCAGGUGGAGAGGCCAGAGAACCAGGCCGUCUACAAAAUCGGCAUUUAUGGCUGGAGAAAGCGCUGCCUCUACUUAUUCGUUCUUCUUUUGCUCAUCCUCCUCCUUGUGAACUUGGCUCUUACCAUUUGGAUUCUUCGAGUGAUGUGGUUUUCCCCAGCAGGGAUGGGCCACUUGCAAGUGAAACAAGAGGGACUUCGCCUGGAAGGGGACUCGGAGUUUUUAUUCCCAUUGUAUGCCAAAGAAAUACGCUCCAGAGUGGACUCGCCUCUGCUUCUGCAGUCCCCGCAGAACGUGACUCUCAGUGCCCGCACGGUGGAAGGAGAGGUCACGGGCAGGCUGACGGCGGGUCCCCAAAUGGUAGAGAUCCAGAGUCAGCACUUUCACAUCAACUCCAGGGAUGGCAGGCCCCUGUUUACCGUUGAUGAAAGGGAAGCUGUGGUCGGUGCAGACAAGCUUCGAGUGACUGACUGGAGUCCCCCACGCGGAGCCUCAGCAUGGAUGCCCCAAACGGCGUUCGCGUUCGCGCUCCCGCGGGGAGCGGGGCGGCCCUUUCCCAGAUGGACGUCGUUCUUCACAGCAGCGCCGGGCCGCUCGUCCUUGAUGCUGAGACCGUGUGUUUACCCAGGGUGGCCCAGGGGACGCAGGGCCCCGGCAGCUCGCAGGGCCUCUACGAAGUCUGCGCGUGUGCAGAUGGGAGGCUCUACCUGGCGGCGGCGGCCGCGGGCACCACGUGCCACGAGAACAGCGGCGUCUGUCUGUGAGCGGCGCCCCCUCGGGAGCUCGAGGUCGGGCGGCGGCUUCGCUGGGGGCGCUCCGGGACCGGGGUGGAAGCUCAGCCGGCACGCGGUGGGUGCCCUCACCCUGUUCCAUCCGAUGCCCGGAUCGCGGCGGGGCGGGUCGUCGUGGACACCGCCGACGGUGCGUCUGUCCCACCAGGCGGAGGGGUUUUGCCCUCGGAAGCUCCCCAGCUUUGCCACUGGGCCGCGGCGGCCUCCAGGGAAGCCCUCUGCGGUGGUGUGGACGCACGCCCGGCGUCCAGCCACGGGGUCUCCCUCGGGAGGAAGGGCACCUGUCCUGCGCGCGUGUCCCCAGGGUCGCGAGCCUUUCCACGGCGUCCCUCACACCUCUGAGUGCUGUCCUCGUUUUUAUGCAGAACGCGUGGGUCGCGGGAGAUCUCCGGGUUUAAAGGGACCUGGAGGUUGAUGUGAUUUUCAGCGGGGCCUCGGGAUAAAUUACACAAAACCCCUCCUGCGUUCUUUAUGUAUAUUCGAGGAGCAAUAAAAAUCAACCUGCGUUUUCCACAGA